CAGAACUCUCAGGAGGGUUUCUUUGUGUGUUUUUACCUCCCUCAGCUCCCCGGAGCAGUUUGCUUCUGGGGGGAAUCUGCCUCUCUGCUGGCAGCAGCCGAGGAGAACGGUCAGCCCGUGUUUUUUCAGCAGCAGACUCUUUAAAAACAAAGGCGCUGCCAGGUUCUGCUGUUUUCUUUUCGGUGCACAGCCCAGUUUUGUUAAAAGGUUGAGGUUUGGGUGUUUGUUUUCUCGUUUGGAAAUAACCCUGGUGCCGUUCCCUUGCAGAUGAACGGAGACUUCCCCAGCUGAGCGCUCCCAGCGGCUCCCGAGCCAAGAGCUGCGUGUGGGGAGGCACCAAAUGGUCUCUGUGAGCUGCCAGGACCUGCUGCCCUCCCUGACCAGCCCUUCCCGGCUCGAGAGCUUGGCCAGCGCCCUGCAGUGCAGGAUGCCACCGUCCCUUCUGCCGGGACACGGCGGUGACAGGACAUGUGGCCACCCAGGGGGCUCUGGCCACGUCCUGGCGGGCAGCACCGAGCCCGUCCCGCUGUCCCGCGCCAAGGCGGAGCCCCCCAAAGCCCAGCUGAUGGAGGCUCAGCUCAGGCCGCCCGACUUUGAGCUCUCCCUGGGUUUCAUCCCCACGCUGGAGGAGAUCGAGGAGUUCCUCAGGGAGAAGGCAGAGCUCCCCAGGGAUGCAGGGGAGUGCGAGGAGGAGAGCAGAGCUGGGCCGGGCUCCGGGGCACAGCUCAGCCCCAGGGAGCACCGAGGAGGAGGAGGAGGAGGACACGUCCCAAAGGCGGCGGGGACAGCUGCUGGCGAGCAGGCGGUGGCUCCCGGGGGGCUCAGGGUGGCCCAGCUGCUGAUCAGCCUGCAGAGCCCAAACCUCCCUCGGCCCCAGCCCCCUGGCACCAUCCCGGACCAAAAAUACGUCAGAAUCGCCCCUCAGCCGGCGGCCUCGGGGCCGGGGGCCGUGCGGGAGGCAGAGGCAGCCCCCGGGUGCCAGCAGGGUCCCCCCGCCCUGCCCCGCAGCCACCGCUGCUCCCACCCCGGCUGCGGCAAGGUCUACGCCAAGAGCUCGCACCUGAGGGCUCAUUUCCGCCGGCACACGGGGGAGAAGCCCUACACCUGUGCCUGGCCCGGCUCCUGGCCCGGCUGCGGCUGGAGGUUCUCCCGCUCGGACGAGCUCUCCCGCCACAAGCGCUCCCACUCCGGGGUCAAGCCCUACCAGUGCUCAGCCUGCCAGAAGAAGUUUGCCCGCAGUGACCACUUGGCCAAGCACCUGAAGAUCCACAGGGGCCAGCCCUGCAGCCCACGGACACUCGCAGGGGGCAGCAGGAGUUAAUUCCUGCUGCUCAUCCCUGCCGGUGCAGAAACUGCGGAGGAGGGGGAAAUGACUCCUGAGUAAGGACGGGAGACACUGCUAUCCCUCUUUGCCAGGGUGAUGAUAUUCCCAAGUUGUUUCUGGCCCUGCUGUUCCUCUUUGAAAUACACGUGAUGCAAAUCAGCGUGGAUUUGGGGUGUGUGUAGGAAAGUUGGGGUCACACUGUAAAACAGGAAUCGGGAGUUGUAGAAUCCCAGAAUGGUUUGGGUUGGGAGGGACCUCA